GCGCCGGGCGGGGCGGGCGCGGCCCGGAAGGGGAAGCGCCGCGCUGCCACUUGGCCGUGGGGCAGCGGCCGUGAGGGAGAGGUGGCGGCGCCGGGUGCCCUCGGCCCCGCCUGAGCCUGCCCGUCCUGAGGAGCCGCCCGCGCGCUCGCUGUCCCCAGCCCUCCCUCCCGCCUGCCCCGGGAACAGCACGGUGCGGGUGGAAGUCCCCCCGCCUCAGGUGAGGGCCGGGCCCGCCUGCCGGGGCCGAGCCGCUCCCGCAGCCCCGGCCGGGGGCCGAGCCGGCCGCUGCCGCCCGGAGAGAGAGACAUGGCUGAAAGGCUCUCCUGGGAGCUCCGUGUCUGCACGGGUUAAGGCGUGCGGUGGGAGAGGCGGAAAAGUUGCUGUUGGAUUUCACUUCAAGGGAGCGGACAGAAAGCGGCGAAAUGGAUGACUUCCCCUCCAUCUGCCUGCUGUCCCUGGCCAUGCUGGUCGCCUGCUAUGUGGCAGGAAUCAUACCCUUGGCAGUUAAUUUUUCCGAGGAGAGAUUGAAGUUGGUGACUGUUCUCGGUGCUGGGCUCCUCUGUGGAACUGCCUUGGCUGUCAUUGUGCCAGAAGGAGUACAUGCACUUUAUGAAGACAUUUUGGAGGGAAAGCAUCACCCAGCGAGCGAGAUGCAGCACGUGAUGGAGUCUGAGAAGGCGGCGAAAAUCCCAGCGGCGCACGAGCACGGCCACGACCAUUCCCGCUUGCACGCCUACAUCGGUGUGUCCCUUGUUCUCGGCUUUGUCUUCAUGCUGCUGGUGGAUCAGAUAGGCAGCUCUCAUGUGCACUCUACAGAUGAUCCAGAAACUGCAAGAUCAGGCAACUCCAAAAUCACCACAACACUGGGACUAGUAGUCCAUGCUGCAGCUGAUGGUGUUGCAUUGGGUGCAGCAGCUUCUACUUCUCAGACUAGUGUCCAGUUGAUCGUGUUUGUUGCGAUCAUGUUGCACAAGGCACCAGCUGCCUUUGGCCUGGUUUCCUUCCUGAUGCACGCUGGGCUAGAACGGAAUCGAAUCAGAAAACACUUGCUGGUCUUUGCAUUAGCAGCACCUGUUCUGUCAAUGGUGACAUACUUGGGGCUAAGCAAGAGCAGCAAAGAAGCCCUUUCAGAAGUCAAUGCCACUGGAGUUGCUAUGCUGUUUUCUGCUGGGACUUUCCUUUAUGUUGCCACAGUUCAUGUUCUCCCAGAAGUAGGAGGAAUUGCUCAUAGCCACAAACCUGAAUCAACUGGAGGAAAAGGACUCAGUCGUCUGGAGGUGGCAGCCCUAGUAUUAGGAUGCCUUAUUCCUCUAGUUUUGUCUAUUGGACACCAUCACUAAAUGCUCAAAUUUCAAUGUUCUCUUUGAUAAGACAUGAGCAGUAAAUGUCUGCUGCUCCCUUUAUCAUUCUUUUACCCAUCAUUCAUCCCAUCAACUUUAUGAAGUUCAGAGGGAAUCUUGAUUGCAAAAUGAGGAAUACUGGGAAAGUUUUUAGUGUAGCAAAAUGUACUUUGGCAGCCGGACGCAAAUUCUGUGUAAUUUUCUUUUCUGAAGACAUUUGCUAAUUUAAUUGUUACUUCUGGCCCUAUUCUCAGGGAAGAUGGAACUUGAAGUUCAGGAAAGGUGAGCAGGGAAGAACAUAGCGACUCCUCCCAAAAUUGCAAUCACCAAAGUAUCCUGCAGUUCAGCUUUCACAGCUGAGAGCAAAACCCGAGGAUGGCUGCGUUGUGAGAGGUUCAAGUCUCACUAAGGAAGAAGGGGGCUCUCCCCUGUUGGUUCUGUGUUGUCUGGGCAAUGGGACUGGCCCUUGUGAUGCUUGUCACUAAUUGUAUUGCAGAAAUGGGCUGCACUGGGAACUCUGUAUAACACUGCUGCUGUCACAGAGGUGUCACUUGAUAUCAAAGAAACUAUGUAGACUGUGUAGGAUUAGAGGAAAUCAGCUGGUUAAGAAAGUGCAAAUGAGUUUUGCAGUGUAUUCCAUCGUUUAAGACAAAGGACAGAAGCAAGAAGAAUAGUGUUUUGAUUUUUAUUCAAUUGUUAAUAAAUUCUAAAAGGCACUGUUUCUUGGGAGAUAGUCUUCUGCCAAGUCAGUCAAGUGUUAAGCACCAAAAAUAUCAGCAGGAAUUAUGUAGGCUACUGGUAUACACUAAUGCUUCUGUUGAGAGAGAUACCCAUAGUGCCCUUUGAAAUAGAGCUGUUCUGGGCUGUGAUGGGUAGAAAUCUGAUGGAGACAGCUGUUGAGGGACCAGAGAACUUUACUAGCUCAUUUUCAAAAACCUGAACUGCUGAAAUCCGUGGGGGGCUGUGUGGGUUUUUCACUAAAUAAAGGUAUUACGGCUAACAAAACAAGAUGUUUAGUUAAAUAUUUAUGCUGCAGAUAGAAUACAAAGUGUUUCCAAAGGACUUCUGAACAACAAAAACUCAAACCCACCAAAAACCAAUCUGGUGGGUUCCCAGUAGACCUGUUAGACAUUUUGCUUUUCCUUUGGGAAUUGUUCAUUUGCCUCCUACUCAUAAGCAUUAGUUUUGGUGAAUUUGUUGGAGGACUUUCUGCCAAUUGCUGAUGUCUCUCACAACAGAGGAGUGGUAAAAGAUCCCUCCAUUUUCAAGGCACAGUUUUGUCUUACCAGGCACCAUUCCCUUAUGCAAAACAUGUUAUACUCUAAUGUGCAUUGAAAAGUCAGGAAUGCUUGACAUGCACAGAAUCAGCAUAAAAUUCUUUCUUUAGGGGAAAACUUUUUAAUGCUGAUCCCCUUUUAAGCUAUACUUUGUCUGCACUUUUUGAAGAUAACAUUGCCAAAUCUAUUUUUCUUUUCUCUUUUUGUUGUUUUUUAAAAAAAGAAUCUUGAAGAAAUAUCUUCUUAACUGAAGUGCUUCUUGUUUCCACAUGAAUGACUGUGACUUUGUCAUGCCAUUUAUUACUUAAACUGCAGAGCCCAAUGUGCCUCAUAACUUAUUUACAUUUUUGUUAUUGUCCUGUUUGUCUUUUAGUUCAGAGAGUAAUGGGUAUGGCCUGACUCUUGGACUAGUGAUGGCUUUGUCUGUUGGCUCUGUAACAGUACUGAUGUAUCCCAGGAUUGAACCUAGUAUUGAUUCCCAGGAGUGCUUGUUCAUUUCUGUGUUUUACUAUGUAAGGUCAGUGCAAAAUUAUUAGAAGUCGCGUUUUCCCAAAAGAGAGUAUUUUCUGAUAGAAUUAGUGCUUCAGGCCUAAACAAGCUUUUUUUUCUGUUAGACCUUCAAUAUUGUGUUCUGAAAAGCCCCUGCAAAAUUAGUGAUGUGGAUGGGAUUCUCUUCUGUGUGUUUUUCAAUUUUUUUUGGUCUGUUUUGGGAUUUUUACAACAUAUGUAAUGCAACUGGUAAGUUACUGGUUUAAAAAGUUCAGCAGGACAGGUUCCUAACACAUGCAAAUGAUACACAGGGAUGUUUGCUCCAGAGUUCUGUUCUUUCUGAUUCCCCCUAAUUGCCUUCUUCCUUAAUAAUCUCACUGUUUUACCAUGUUUAAUCUUUCCACAUAACCAUUUCCUAAAGCUGGAGGGUUUUCAAGAGCAGGAGUGCAGUACUAGUGCUUGCAUUUCAUAAAGCAGUAAGUUUUUAUUCUUGAACCUCUGUCCUGUCACUUGCAUGUGCACCCUACCCUGGGAGCUGACACCCUGCCCGAAUUCCCCUUCAGCCUCACUUUGUGUAUGACAAUAGCAGCGGUUCCAUGCCUUUUGUUCCCGGCUGAAGCACACGGAUGGGACCUUCUUACAUGGAUCACUGUACUGGUGAGGGUGUGGCAGCUGGCUUUUCACUGCUGGCAUAACCUCUGGCAUAUUCAUCACCAGUGCCUUGCUGAGGGGUCUUGUCAUCUUUCCAUUUUCUGUCCUUCACAGCACGUUUCCGGUUUCUGGGGUGGCCAUCAGAAAUAGUAGUGCUCAGUUUAAUGAUUCAUGAGUAUAGGGGCCAAGUUGCAGCAGCAGGUGAAGGAAUUUGAAUGGGAACAUUGGCAACUCAAAAUUGGCACAAAAAUUCUAAAAACAUACAUUUUGGCAUUUGGUUAAGUGACAGAAGACUUUAAUGAUUUUUAUUUUUUCUUCUGUCUAUUUAGAAUUAGCAACAGCAUGUUAUUUUCGUUGCCUGUUAUCACUGAAUUAUUAUUUUCAAUUCUGUAAUUGAAACUGCAGUGACUGGAGAAGCUUAUGGUUAUGUUGAUAUGGAAAAUACAAAAUUUUGUAUUAUCAAACCUUUCCAAAUUUUUAGUACCAAGUUGAGGAUUAUUAUCUCGAUGCAGAGUAUUUUAAUGAGUUAAAUUAAAUGGUCCAUUUUAUUAUAGCCCUUUCUUUCUACCUAUCUCCCCAUCUGUCACAGUAAAUCCAAGCAUUGCAUGUAGUCAGGGCCAUCUGGUAUCAUUUUCUACUCCUCUGGAGACCUUGGUGCAAACAAAUUCCUCUUACUCUCUUUGGAAUAGCCUGUCUGCCUGUUUUUUCUUCUGUGAGGUAGGUGGCAGUAGGUCUAGCAGGUAAAUGCUUAAACCAAGUGCCAGCCAUGUCCCACUUUCCUUCUGCAAGUCCCUCUAGGAAAUCCAUAAUCUUCUCAUCACCUGUUUCUUUUCAGUUAAUGAUUUCCUAAUUGGCAAUAGGAAUUGGACUGAAGCUGUUACUGUUGAUCCUCAUGUCUUCAGAUACUUCCCCUACUGUUCUACUGCUUUUAUUGUUAUACAAAGAAGGGAAAUAUUUCUUUUUCAGCACUUGAUGACAGAGGGAGAAGCUGCACUGACAUUAAUUUAAGUAAGGAUGGCAGAACUGUCGCACCAAGACAGGAUUUUUUGGUUGUUUUGGCUUGUCAGAUGGCUGGGUGUUAAACACAGAAACCCACUGCUGACUCCAAAGAACUAUUUCCAGGUGGAUUAUAUAAAAGGCUAAUCUUACCCAAGAGGCCCAGGAAAAUCACUGUGUUUAUUCAGGAGCUAGUUCAGAGCCUUCAAGGAGCUUUUGACAGUAGCAGGUGUGUCCAUGUGCUGAUUGCAGAAAAGAGAGAGAUGUUGUGGAAUAAAUGCUCUUGCUGCUCCCUUCCUGUUCUGUGCUGGCCCUUGGGAAAUAGAGAAGGAAAGUGAACUUGUAUUCUAUUGAGGGUGGAAGGAGGAGGAGUGAUUGCAGUAUGGUGAGAGAGUUUAUGAUGAAUAUUGGAUUCUUUACCACAAAUUUCAGAUUCCUGUUCACAUCAAACUUCUUUUAAAAUAUUUGUUUUCUUUACUGUUAUAUCUCUUAGCAGCCUUGGCUUUCCAGGGAAAAACAUUUUGUGGUCAUUGCUGUUUACCUUACAUGUUUCUCCAUGUAUGGAACUGUAAUUUUAAUGUCUCUUUUCCAAACCAUUUGUACACAAAAUCAUUCCAUGAAUGGCUGCCUUAUAAUUUUUCCACUUUAAUUGUGAAUGGUUAAAAUAAUAUUGCCGUUUUCAAUUUGUUUUAUUAUAUUAAAUUUUUACUAGGUGCAGUG